AGAAAAGCUCAUGAGAUUCUCAAAAGCUAUGGCGAUUCUCAAAAGCUACGGCUUUCUAAAAUAAAACAGCUGUUGCAAAGCUUCCUCUCCACAUCACCUGUGCGGUGUUGCUGCAAACUUUCUCCCACAGCUGCACAGCCUAUGACCUACACAUCGUUCCAGCGCUGCUAGAAUGCAAGCGAAAGAGCCACUGAUGAAUCGAGCGUGCCUCACUUCUUUGUUCGUCCAGGCUGCCAUCCUGCUUACCGUUAUACCACUGGCUACCUCAUGUACGCUGAACUGUGAAGGACGGAGGCGACCAUUAUGCCUCUAUGGCCCGACGGGCAACUGCACGUGCACAUGUGGUAAAUAUUUAUCUGCGUUAUUUUGUUCCGCCAACGACCAAUUGCCCCCCUUUGAGGUCGGAGCUUCCAACUGGUUGUCCAGAAAAUGGUUAUUCGCUUACGUGCCAAGGUUGGCAAUUUCUGGCAGAAUAUUUUGUGUGCACAUGCCGCUGCAAACCACUCGCUGCUGUAAAGUAUUCGGGCCGGUAAACCAAGUGCGCAACCCCAGGCACUGACUAAGGCUCCCCCUGAAGUUCUGUGCGGGCACAUGGUCUCAAGAUUGCAUUGAGACCUGGGAUCUUCACUGACUAGAAAACUGCGUUUCUCUUUACCGAUGGCAAAAUAUCCUCACGAUUUAGGGCAGUCCGUGAACACUGUGCAUGCUUAUACCUGCGAACCUGUGAACUUUAUCAUCUUUAUAAAGUUUUAAUAAAGGUCCCGCUGCGCACUGA